GGGUCACUCCGUGUCUCUCUGCACUGACUCUUGGACUGGGAAGCUGACGGCUCGUGGCUACCACAGAUGCACGUUCUGUCACAGUAGGGGACCUUGUCACUUCAUCGUAGCUCCUUAGAGUUGUUCCUACGGAGCAGUUAGGCUUCAGCAGACGCGGCUGCUGAGGAAGCAGCGGCCUGUGUAGCUGUAACGUUCUGCGAAACGUUGCGUGCCUGAAUUGGCUUUAUGAAUUGGGGGCAAAAAGGGGUGCGAUGAAUACGCCUUCAUGGGAGCGCUGAUCAUUCAGGAGGUUAUAAAGGAGCUGGUGGGAAAAGGUCUUGGCACUGCAAAGGUGUUGCUGCUAGCGGGGAGCAGUGCUGGAGGGACAGGCGUGCUCCUGAACGUGGACCGAGUGGCCGAGCAGCUGGAGGAGAUGGGUUAUCAAGGGAUUCAGGUCCGAGGCUUGGCAGACUCCGGAUGGUUCCUGGAUAAUAAACAGUAUCGCAGGACUGACUGUAUUGACACCAUAACAUGUGCUCCGACAGAAGCCAUCAGGAGAGGAAUAAGGUACUGGAAUGGCAUCGUUCCUGAACGCUGUAAGCUGCAGUUUAAAGAGGGAGAGGAAUGGAAUUGCUUCUUUGGGUAUAAGAUUUACCCCACCCUGCGAUGUCCAGUCUUUGUUGUCCAGUGGCUCUUUGAUGAGGCCCAGCUUACCGUAGACAACGUGCACCUCACUGGCCAGCCUGUUCAGGAGGGGCAGUGGCUCUACAUCCAGAAUUUGGGUAGGGAGCUGAGAAACACUUUGAAGGACGUGACCGCUAGCUUUGCUCCUGCCUGUUUGUCUCAUGAGAUCAUUACACGCAAUCACUGGACAGACAUCCAGGUGAAGGGGACAUCGUUACCCCGUGCCCUGCACUGUUGGGAUCGGAGCCUGCAUGAGAGCAACAAAAAUGGGAAGGCCCCUCUGAAAGGCUGCCCAAUUCAUCUGAUUGACAGCUGCCCGUGGCCUCACUGCAACCCCUCGUGCCCCACUAUCAGGGACCAGUUCACAGGGCAGGAGAUGAACGUGAUCCAGUUCCUCAUGCACAUGGGUUUUGACGUUCAGAAGAUGGCACAGCAACAGGGCCUGGAGCCCAGUAAACUUCUGGGGAUGCUCAGCAGUGGUAACUAGGAAGGGGUCUCAGAGGGGCAGAGAGAUGAGGUCAGGAGGAGACUCUAAGCCCUUCUCCCACACUUUCUAAUCUUCUUCCUUACGCUCGUGCAGGCUGAUGCACGCUCACACCCAUGCAUGCUCAAACCUGUGCACACCCACGUGCUCCCACACUCUUGCACACUUAGGAUGUGUCAAGAAAAGGAAAAAAAAAAAAAGCAAUUCCUUGCUUACAGUAUUUGACUGGAACUCGUUACCUCCAAACUCCAGGGCUCAGUUCUGGCCAUUCAGAUCCUCUUCCUGCGUUACACAAGGCAAUCUGAUACGGGGAGUAGCAAAGCCAUAAAUAGUCGCCAUGAGAACCUUGCCCACAUCUAGGACUUCUUCCCUUGCCAUGAAUUUUACAUCAUAGACUUGAUACAAGUGGUGAAAAAAGCAAGCACUGGAUUUCUUUUGUCCAACCAGAAGUGAAGGAACGAAGACACGACUUCUUGGAGGUCAGCGUCUCACGGCGAGUCUAACAUACAGACCCAGGACACGUGCUAGGGA